GGCCCGCUUUCGCAGAAAGCGUUGUUUUGCUUAAUCUUCAGCUACUUUUCAGCCAAGAAGACACCUGUUUUACAGUCAAACUUCACUAUGUCUUCAGAUUUUGAAGCCUAUGAACAGGACUUUGGAACCCUGACAGCAGAAAUAACCAACAAAAUUGGAAGGAUUCCCAAAUUAGGUGGAGAGGAGAAGACACAGCUGGUUCUAAAUGUCGACAAACAGCUCGAAGAAGUCAGAGAGUUGAUGGAGCAGAUGGAUCUGGAGGUGCGUGAGCUCCCCAUCCAGAGCAGAGGCAUGUACCAGAGCAGACUGAAGAGCUAUAAGGGGGAGAUGGAGAAGCUGGAGAAAGACUUUAAAAGGUCACGUAUCGCCUACAGUGAUGAGGUGCGGAACGAGCUCCUGGGGGAAGACGCUGGCUCCUCUGAGAGUCAGCCUAAAGGCCAAGGCUGUUUCUGA